UGUUGAAGUAAGCUCAAACCAAAUUCUACUCUCUCUUGCAAAGAUAGAGAGGCAGAUUAAAGGUUUUAUUGAACUGAAGAAAAAGAUGAAGGCGGCGACUAAGGAGGAGGAAUUGGUCCCACAUCCGGUGAAAGAUCAACUCCCCGGAGUCUUCUACUGUCUCAACAGCAGCCCUUCCUGGAUGGAGUGUAUCAUUCUUGGGUUUCAGCACUAUCUGGUCAUGCUAGGGACUACUGUUAUCAUCCCCACGAUUAUUGUUCCUCAAAUGGGAGGCACUAAUAAAGAGAAAGCUGAAUUGGUACAAACUUUGCUCUUUGUUGCUGGGGUGAACACACUGCUGCAAACUUGGUUAGGAUCCCGUCUUCCUGUUGUGAUUGGUGGCUCGUACAGAUUCAUAAUUCCAGUCAUAUAUGUGGCAUUGUCUGAUAGAUUCAAUUCAUAUUCUGAUCCUCGCGAGCGGUUUAAACAAACGAUGAGAGCGAUGCAAGGGGCUCUUAUUAUUGCAUCUAUUCUUCCCAUGUUAAUUGGAUUUCUGGGGCUAUGGAGAAUUAUUGUGAGGUUCUUGAGUCCUCUUUCUGCUGUUCCUUUGGUAACACUUGUCGGCUUUGGGCUGUAUGAACAUGGUUUCCCAUUGUUAGCAGAAUGUGUAGAGAUUGGGCUCCCAGAGAUUAUUUUCCUAAUAUUGCUUUCUCAGUAUGUUCCACAAUGGUCGAAGUCCAACCGGCCUGGAAUUGAUCGAUAUGCCGUGCUUAUAUCCGUGGGGAUAGUUUGGGCAUUUGCUGCACUGUUGACCGCAGUAGGGGCAUACAAACAUAGACCAGCUCAGACUCAAUUUAGUUGUCGUAUAGACCGCUCUGGGCUCAUCAGUGGUUCAACAUGGCUUAGAAUUCCACAUCCAUGGCAAUGGGGUACUCCAAGUGUUAAAGCUGGAGAAACUAUUGUCAUGAUAGCUUCAGCUUUUGUUGCCCUAAUUGAGUCUACGGGGGCAUUUGUUGCAGCAGCAAGGUUUGGUAGUGCCACACAUCCACCACCUUCGGUUAUAAGCCGCGGUAUUGGCUGGUUGGGAAUGGGAAUUCUGUUUGAUGGUUUAUGGGGAACAGGCAUUGGAUCGACGGUGUCCAUGUAAGCACAAAACAUUCGCUCUGAAACAUGUUGGAACUCCACUUUGCAACUACUACAUGAACGGUCCAGAUUGAUUUGGAUGAAAAUGUAGGUCUUCUUGCAUUGACACGAGUUGGGAGUAGAAGGGUGAUUCAGAUAUCAGCCAUUUUUAUGCUCUUCUUUUCUGUACUAGGAAAGUUUGGCGCUGUUGUUGCCUCCAUACCAUUACCGAUUGUUGGAGCCAUCUACUGUGUCUUGUUCCCUCUCAUGUUACUGCAACCUCAACAGCUUAAGGACAAAGUUCAUACUAGGAUUCUCAAUUUUCAUGGGACUUACGGUGCCACAAUACUUCAACAAUUAUCUCAUCACAACCCAUCAUGGUCCUGUACAAACUAGUUCCAUUUGGUUUAACAAAAUGAUGCAAGUGGUCUUCACUUCCCCGGCAAUGGUGGCAGGUGGGGUGGCCAUGUUCUUGGACGUGACGCUGGGAGGAAAACAUUCUGAGAGCAAGAAAGACAGUGGGAGGUUGUGGUGGUCAAAGUUCAAGUACUUCAACAGAGAUCCAAGGAGUGCAGAGUUCUAUUCAUUGCCAUGCAAUCUUUCGAGAUACUUCCCUUCUGUGUAAAACCAUGAGGAGACCUUUCAUCUAUAUGUCCUCAUGCUGAUUGAUGGAUAUGCCAUCCAUGCCAUGAAGCUAGUACACAAAACAUGAGUAUUUUGUAAUAUAAACUAAUACUAUCGUAUAGAAUUAUAAUUCUAUAUCCUUCAAUGAAAUAUAAGAGAUUGACAUAUAAUGUAGA